AUGACACCACUUCACAAAGCCGUGCUGUCUUUGACAUUGAUGAUUGAGUUUUUUUGCACUGACCAGUACCAGCCAAGCAUGCCGAACAUGGCGACCGAGUUCCAGGUGCCCCCAGCAGCGAUGGGAACCAGCAUGCAGACACACCAGUUGUUUACAGGUUUGGGGGUGCUGCUCCUGGCGCCCAUCUCAGACGUUGUGGGGCGACGGCCUGUCAUUCUGUCCUUCCAGUUCGUGCUGGCGGUGAGCACCUUGACAUGCGGGAGUGCCGCUUCCUACGACUGGUUCAUGCUGGGGCGGGCCUUGCAAGGAUUCUCAGGAGGAGCCGUCGCUGCUGCCGUUUUGGCUUCCAUCCGAGACUGCUACGACGAUGAAGUGGAGAGGCAGCAAGCCAACGGCAGCAUCUUCGCAAUCAUGCUGCUCGGUCCACUGGUUAUAGGGGCCUACUUAGCCGACGCGUAUGGCUGGAGGCUUAGCUUCUUCCUGAUUACCGUCGUCGUUAGCGCGCUGGGCCUUCUGUCCUUCUGGUCGUUGCCAGAGACUGCUCCGCCAGCCAGCAAAGAGCCUUUCUUCGCAUCUGCACGCCGAGUGCUUCAGGACGGCAGGUGGCUGCAAAUUCUGGUCUUGAUCUUCUACAAGGGCAUUAUGUGCAUGUUGGACGCCAGCAAUGUCUACAUGCUGGAAACGCAGUACCAGGUGCCUUUGCAACGAGCGGGCCUCCUCGUAUCAGCCCUGGCUCUAGCCGGCCUGCUCGGCUCCGUCUUUGCUGGAGGAGUUGGGCAGAGGCCUCGUGAUUUGAUUUGGUUCUGCGUUCCUUGCCUCCUCCUCUCGGCGGCUUGCACGGCAUUUGUGGGCAUACGGCUUCCGAGCCAGCUUGCCGGCUACAUGGUGGCGACUUGCCUUCAGCACUUUCUGCUUUUGACGGCCAACCUGUCAAUGCACACGAGUUUCACACAGGAGCUCAGUGACAUAGCUGGUGUUGCGACAUGCAUUGAGAUGACCAGCACAUUCUUCUUCGGCGCUUUGAUCUCGCUUCCUGGCUUGGCGGUAGCGUCAAGCCACGGAGUGCCUGGCAUGCUCCUAGGAAUGUCCGGUGCCGUUGCAGCAUCCCAGCUGAUGGCUGCACUGAGCAAUGCCGCUUCAUAG